CAGGCAUGUUGGUUCUCUUUAUAGUCUUUUUACCACUUGGUUUUUCUCGUCUCUCAGCUUCAAAGCCUGACACCAAAGAGUGGGAGUGAGUGCAACUUUUUUUUCCUCAAGCUUGAAAACAAGAAGAGGGAAUUGUACAAGGCACACACCCCUUUUCUGAUGUAAACAGUAACAUGUAAGUAACAAACCAAAACAUGUAUUUGGUGUGAAUUCUACCUAAGCUUAGCUUUGAAUCCUUCAAAACCUGCUCGUUCCACUUACCUCAUCCUAUUAUUCAGAGAUAAUAACAAGUAUCUGAGUUCAAUUGAUCCUUCAACUCCAAACCCAAAUGGAAAAGAGACAAGGGAACAUAGCUUUCUUUCUUUUAGCUUUCUUCUUGUGCUUCUUCAUGUGGACUUCUUCAGUUACUGCUUUGCUUUCUUCUAAAGGUGUCAAUUAUGAAGUUGUAGCUUUGAUAGACUUGAAGAGCAAUCUAAAGGAUCCUCGUAAUGUUCUUAGUAAUUGGGAUGAUAAUGCUGUUGAUCCUUGCAGUUGGGCCAUGGUUUCUUGUUCUGCUGAUCGUUUUGUUGUUACUCUAGCAAUUCCAAGCCAAAAUUUAUCUGGUACACUUUCACCAAGCAUAGGCAACUUAACAAACCUUCAGACUGUGUGAGUAAACUUAAAUAAUAUAACAGGACCUAUACCCUCUGAGAUUGGGAGGCUACAGAAGCUUGAAACUCUUGAUCUUUCUGAGAACUCUUUCAUUGGUCAACUUCCAGAUACUCUGUCCCAUAUGAAUGGUCUCCAUUAUUUGCGGUUAAAUAACAACAGUUUCUAUGGAGCAAUUCCUUCCUCUUUAGCUGAUAUGUCCCAGCUUGCCUUUCUGGACAUCUCUUACAAUAACUUGAGUGGACCAGUGCCUAGAAUAAAUGCAAAAUCAUUCAAUAUUGUAGGCAAUCCUCAAAUAUGUAAUAGCAAUGGACUCGAGCAGCACUGUUUCAAAACAACACUGAUUCCUUCUGCCAUUAAUAGUUCUCAAGAUUCACAAUCCUCCAAUGGACCAAAGAGCCACAAAAUGGCGUUGGCGGUUGCUUCAAGCCUAAGCUGCAUCUGCUUACUAAUUCUUGGGUUCGGAUUCCUCCUUUGGUGGAGACAAAGAUAUAACAAGCAAAUAUUCUUUGAUGUUAAUGAACAACACCAUGAAGAGGUUUGCCUAGGGAACCUGAAGAAAUUCAAUUUCAGAGAACUUCAAGUUGCAACAAACAACUUCAGCAGCAAGAACUUGGUUGGAAAAGGUGGUUUUGGAAAUGUGUACAAAGGGUACCUUCCAGAUGGUACAGCCAUAGCAGUGAAGAGGCUGAAAGAUGGUAAUGCCAUUGGUGGUGAGAUCCAAUUCCAGACAGAAGUUGAGAUGAUCAGCUUAGCUGUCCACCGGAAUCUCCUUCGCCUUUAUGGAUUUUGCAUGACAGCAACGGAGAGGCUCUUGGUUUACCCCUACAUGUCCAACGGCAGUGUCGCCUACCGUCUUAAAGUGAAGCCAGGCCUGGAUUGGGGUACAAGGAAGAGAAUAGCAAUAGGAGCUGCAAGAGGAUUGCUAUAUCUGCAUGAGCAGUGUGAUCCAAAGAUUAUUCAUAGGGAUGUGAAAGCUGCAAACAUCUUGCUGGAUGAUUACUGUGAGGCAGUUGUAGGAGAUUUUGGACUGGCAAAGUUGUUGGAUCACCGCGACUCGCACGUGACAACGGCCGUUAGAGGGACUGUAGGGCACAUAGCCCCUGAAUAUCUCUCAACUGGUCAGUCCUCUGAGAAAACUGAUGUCUUUGGCUUUGGAAUCCUUCUUCUUGAGCUCAUUUCUGGCCAAAGAGCCCUUGAAUUUGGGAAAGCAGCAAAUCAGAAAGGAGCUAUGCUUGAUUGGGUGAAGAAGAUCCAUCUAGAGAAGAAAAUAGACUUGCUAGUUGACAAGGAACUGAAGAAUAACUAUGACAGGAUUGAGCUUGAUGAGAUUGUUCAAGUAGCUUUGUUAUGCACUCAAUACCUUCCAAGCCAUAGGCCAAAGAUGUCUGAGGUAGUUAGGAUGCUUGAAGGAGAUGGUCUUGCUGAGAAAUGGGAGGCAUCACAGACAGCAGAGUCGACUCGAAGCAGAGGGAAUGAACUCUCUUCUUCGGAGCGAUACUCCGAUCUCACUGAUGACUCUUCAUUGCUUGCCCAAGCAAUGGAACUUUCCGGACCAAGAUAACAUAAAAUACAUGUAUCCAGGAGGUUUAAGGUUGGUAGAGAUUAGAGAAGGAAGAAAAAUAAGGGUAUGGAUCUUCACAUCAAAUUUUCAAGUGAGCUUGUUACCUAUGAUUUCUCACUCAUUUUUAGUCCACUUAUCUGCCCCUAUAAAAAUUUGGUAUAUUUUUAUAUCAAUCCUUUUUCUAAAUACAUUGAUCUAAAAUUUUAUUUGAUUUUCAUAGUUGCAGAUGAAGAAAAGGAAAAAAAAUUAUUUAUUUGGAUUUCACUUUUAAAUUAAUGUAUUGAGAGAUCAUACGUAGUAAUAUCGCAUGGGAACGCAUGAGAGGAUUCUAUAUUCCUGGAAAUAACCAUCUUGUUCUUUUUUUUUUCCUUAACUGUACAUAAUCCGAAUUGAGGCACUGACUUAUAGUUUAUAGAUGAGUGUUGUUAUUUGUGUGUAUUUCACUAUAUUUUAGAGUGCUUCAACUUCUUAGAAUAAUGUUCACAGACUGUACUCAAACUGUUAAUAGUUUACAUUGUUAAUGUGACUUCUGUAUGAAAUAUUCCAUUUGACUUUUGUAUAAACAAUUGCAUGUUUGGUGCGAAA